GAGCAUGACAGCAAUAAAUAAUACAAUAAAAACAUUUCUUUUAUUAUUUUUUCCCCACAGGAAGUGUUAGAUACAAUAUCUUCUGAUAAUCCCAACAUGGAAGUUGAAUAUUUUACAACUAGAAGUAUGCCGCCAAACUCCAGUAGUGCAAAAUAUAGACAUAUAACACAGGAAGACUUGAGGAAUGCAGUGGAAUCUUUAGACUUAUCAGUUUUAAAGACUUUUAUUUGCGGACCACCUCCUAUGAUUGAAAAAGUAAACAAAAACCUCUUAGCAAUUGGUUUAGCUCAGAAUCAACUGAUAUACGAGAAAUGGUGGUAGCAUUUUAUUUUGAAUUGCAGAGCAUGCAGGGUUUUGCAUUUGACUUUAUAUCUAUUACCUUCUAUAGGACUGAAUUUUAUAUAUAAAACUCAAAUUGGCAUGAGUGAUGAGUCU